AUGCGACUUUACGCGGCCGGCUUCAACGCCUGGAACCAGCUGCAAUUUCGUACCUGGGACAAAGCCGAAAGCCAAGAUGAUACACCUGACUGUGAAGGGUCAGAACCGAGCGACAUUUAUCCCUUCUCUUGCAUUCUUGAGUCGGAGAAGCUUGGAGCCAUCCAACCGUUCCUCACGUUUACUACUUUGACAACUGCCAAAGGCCAGCUGUUAGCCGGUGCCGUGCCAGAGCCCUUCAACAGCGGUCAUGAUGACUACAACUAUGCCGAGGCUAUGAACGGCCGUGUAGUUGUCUAUGACGGUGCCGGUAGUAUUUACCAGUAUUCGUCGGUGGCAGACUAUUACAGGCGAAAUGAGUCCGAAUUACAGCGCACAGUCUUCAAAAGGCCUUCUGACAUUAUACAGACGGUGGCAUAUGAUACCGGCUUUGCUGCUCUCACCUCUACCGGUCAGGUCUGGACCUGGGGGGAUGGCCGCUUUCCCGAGUGCCUUUGCCGGAGCGUGACAGAAGAGAGCCCAGCGGACCGGCCUGGCUGUGCCACCUGCCUCGAAGACCUCCCUACCGGUCCCAUCGUCAAGAUUGCUGCAGGCGGCUACGUCCUGACAGCUCUGACUAGUGGCCGCGAUCUCUAUGCCUGGGGCGGGUAUCCAGGGCGACAGCCGGUGCUCGAGGGGCUCACGGGCGAUCCGGUGCCUAUUGUGGUGGUGAUGGAGAGCGAAGAUAGCAGUGAUGAUGCAGAUAUUGAUAUCGUGGACGUUGGCGUGGGCGAGGAACACAUGAUUGUGCUCAUGGCAGACGGAACUGUGUGCGCCAUAGGUAGCAACAGCAACGGUCAGCUCGGACUGGAUCCUGACCAGCGUGCAGCUGCAUCCUCGUGGGUCAGGGUCCCCAUCCCUCUACUCAGUGACGAACACGUCGUGGACGUCGUUGCUGGGCCAAGGAGCUCUUUUGUGUUAGUAGACAAAAAAGCAUAG